AUGGUCUCUAAUUUGAAGAGAAUUAUUUUAUUCGCGUUAUUCGCGUUGUCCUUUGCAGCUGCACAUCCAUUUCAUGUCCUUGAAUCACGAGAACAGCACGAUCGAAGAGUUCCGAUUCCUUUGGUUGUACGAGUUAUCCCCACGGAAGGCGCUGUUGCCAGAGACCUAAUAGCUCCGAUCACCACCUCAGUGACGGCUACAGAGUCUCCAGCUUACAAUUCUGCAACUGUAACUAGUAUAAUCUUACCAACUUCACUUGUACCAACACCACUUGUACCAACGCCGCUUGUACCAACACCACUUGUACCAACACCGCUUGUACCAACACCACUUGUGGCAAAAGAGAUUGGUAAUCAGGUACCUCCUAUAGGUGCUGUCGCCGUAGUAAAGCAUACAUAUCCUCCUAUAAAUAUUACCGAGAUUGAAGCUGCUGCUGUAUUAAUACCUAUUGCCGCCGCAGGUGGAGCUGUCUCUAAUGCCUUGAAUAAUCCACUCCUUCCCUUCCAACAAAAUAAUAAUAAAGAGAAUUCAAAUAUCAAAGCUAAAUCAUCACAAACUACAUCUUCCAGUACAACUGAAAGCUUUUCUACAACAACACCCACUUCAUCUUCUCAACCUCAGCAGCAGCAGUCUUCUACUAACAUUGCAAAUUCUUCAGUGUUACAAGCUGCUGCUGGAAUUGGUGUCGGUUUAGCUGGUGUAGCCGCUAGUGCGAUCGGAGCGUACUAUUAUAUACAAGGAAGAAAAAAACAAAAAGAGGAUAAACCAGGUAACAAUCGAGGUGUUAAUGGUGAAGAUAAGGAUAAACCACAAAAAGGAAUUGUUAUUACUCCUCGUGGACUCUCGAAAGAUUUUGUUGAUUCUGACGAUGAAAAUAAUGCUACUAAGUCUUCAACGAAGGAGGACACGAUUUUCGGUUCACAAGCUGCGUCUACUUCAAUGGUUGAUCUAGGUCAAGACACUGCAGGGUCCGUGGUAAUGGAAAGGCAUCAUUCUGAUUAG